AUGGCUAUUAGAUACCUGAUCCUGCUCUCGCGGCAGGGCAAAGUGCGACUCGCGAAAUGGUUCACCACCCUCUCGCCAAAGGACAAAUCCAAGAUCGUCAAGGAUGUCUCGCAAUUGGUGCUGGCCCGUAGGACACGCAUGUGCAAUUUCCUCGAGUAUAAAGACACCAAAGUAGUCUACCGCCGUUACGCCUCGCUCUUCUUCAUCGCCGCCGCAGACAACACGGACAACGAACUCAUCACCCUUGAAAUCGUGCACCGCUAUGUCGAGCAAAUGGACAAAUACUACGGCAACGUCUGCGAACUGGACAUUAUCUUCAACUUUCAAAAAGCAUACUUCAUCCUGGACGAGCUAUUAUUGGCAGGCGAAUUGCAGGAAAGCAGCAAGAAGAAUGUGCUUAGAGUGAUUGGUGCACAAGACAGUCUGGAGGACAUGGAGUAUUUACAGCUUCGCGACUUCGAUACAGUGACGAAUGCGCUGAACUUCUCUACGCCAGACUGCCACGUCAUUGGAGGAUGUGAUCUGUACACCACAAAAGCAGCUGGCAGCGACAAGAAGCUGUAUAAGAACAUCGAGCAUAGUCUCGAAUCACAAUAUGAAUCCCUGGUCAGGCUAUCUGCAUCGCUGAGUCCGCCCUACCGUUCUGCGGCCAGCGAUGAUGGCAAAAGCAGCGAGAAAGGCAGUAGUAGCAGGAACAAGCGAAGUCGAACGGUAGAGGCACCGGAGAUUGACCUCUCGCGGGCAUCACCAUUUGGUCCACUCAGUCAGAUCAAUGCACGACGAACAUUUGCCUACCUGAUCGCGACAUUGAACGCAUCACACCCGGAUUACGACUUCUCGCAUCUCCUACGACCAAGCGACUUCCGCAAAGAGCGGAGCUUACGAACCAUCAUCCAAACUGUGGACAGCACACUCCAGAAUCUACGCCCAAAACCCUCGGCUUUCUAUCUGGCGCCUCCAGUCCUCUCACAUUCCGCACCCGUAAUAGCUAACAGUAUGGGCAACGAGAUCUGGAGCCCACGGAUGUGGACACUCAUCGACAAGGAAAUGGGCUUGCGACAAUGCGAGAAAUACUCCUACGUUCCAGACGACGAUCCUUUUGAUGGUGCGGGCGAUGGAGGCAGUAUUUGGAGCAUGCAUUACUUCUUCUUCAACAAGGAGAAGAAACGGGUCUGUUAUUUGCAUCUGAGGGGUCUGUCCGUUAUCAGCCAUAGUCCGGUCAGUAGCGCGACAUAUAUCCGCAAACCGUCUGUGACGAGGAAAGUUUCCUCCGUCUCGGUAGGCGAGGGUGCGAGUAAACGCGCGAGUUACUGGUUGGGACGGGACGUAGAGGUCGAUGAUGUGGAAGACGAUGAUGACGAUGACGCGGGGAUGGUGAUUGAGGAUCGGAAUGAUGAUGAGGUUGAAGUGCCGCAUAUGGAUCUCGAUGACAUUCGGGGUGAACUUGCUCGAGGCGGAUAUUAUGAAGGAUAUGAGGGUGAGGACGACGAGGAAAUGUAUGAUGAUGCUUGGUCUGUUCCUGCACGUCCCCGGGGUGUGAGUGAGGAGAUUGGGGAGAUCAUCGAGAUUUGA